AUGCGACACAUCAUCCACGCCGACCUCGACGCUUUCUACGCCACCGUGGAGCAGCUUGACAACCCUGAACUCCGCGGCAAACCUGUGUUGGUCGGCGGACGCCCUGAGAGUCGUGGUGUCGUGGCCACGGCAUCCUACGAAGCACGGCCUUUCGGAGUCCGGUCGGCCAUGCCCAUGCGCACCGCCGUGCGUCUCUGCCCUCAGGGAAUAAUCGUCCGCCCCCGGUUCACCCGCUACCGUGAGAUGUCGCGGCAGGUGAUGGAAGUAUUCCGCGAGUUCACUGAGGUCAUUGAGCCGCUCUCGCUGGACGAGGCAUACUUGGACAUCAGCGGGGCGGUCAAUGAAUCAGAGGGCCGCUGGCCGCUGGGCGUAGCCCUGGACCUGAAGCGGCGGGUGAAGAGCCAGACUGGUCUGACCGUUUCGGUAGGGGUCAGCGUCAGCAAGUCGGUGUCCAAGAUCGCAUCCGACCUCGACAAGCCCGACGGUCUGGUAGUGGUGCCCCCGGGUGAUCAGGCGGAUUUCCUGGCUCCCCUGGCGGUGGGAAAACUGUGGGGCAUAGGCCCCAAGACCGCCGAGCGUCUGAAGGCUGAGGGGGUCGACACCAUCGGCGCACUGGCGGAGCAGCCGCCCGAGUGGUUCGAGCGCAUGUUCGGUCAGCGUGCCAAUAGCGUGCGACUGCGGUCCAUAGGGCUGGACGACGAGCCCGUAAACACCGAGCGCAUCACCAAAUCGGUGUCCUCCGAAACCACCUUCCCCGACGACCUCGGCGACCCGGAGGAAUUGCGGCGGGUCCUGGAGGAGUUGGCAGGCGGGGUGGCCGGCAGCCUUGAGCGGAAGGGCCUGCAGGGAAGAACGGUAACCGUGAAGUUGCGGCUGGCGGACUUCACCACUUUCACUAGGCAGUCCACUCUCCCGUCACCCUCCAACGAACCGGGCCCCAUUCAGGAGCUGGCGUGGCGACUGUUUUCGGCCGAGCUCACCACCGGGCGCACCUUCCGCCUGCUGGGAGUGGGAGUGAGCAACUUUGCCGAACCCGACGAAAUACGUCAGCUCCCGCUGUCAAUUGAGGGAGACUUCCGCGCCUAUGGCACUGGCCUGGGCUGGCCGGAGAGAGCACCACAAGCCUGA